UUUUGUUAUUUGACCCCGAGACGUGAAUCAGUGAGGGUGUGAUGGUAAUUUAUUCUAGUGUUGCUAGUUUGAAAUUUAAAACCGGUGAUUGUGAUAUUAGCGAAGAUUUUUGAGAUCCGAAAUUAUUCUCGAUGAAAUCUACAAACAUGGAAUCCUGUUCGGAUCGUCUAAGCCCUUCAAGCGACUUGACAAGCGAAUCAGAAACUUCAAUACCACCAUUCCCAUAUGAAAACCAAAAUGGUGCCUACUACCAGUCAGAUAUGCAAGAAAAACAAUAUUACUCCUGCAAACAGAAAUCUCCACGCAACGAAAGAACCAAAGAGGUUUACCUCCAAGAGAGCAAUAAAAACUUGGACUAUCUUACACCGCCGAGGAAUAAAAAAUAUUUGAAUUUCGAACUGAAAUUACCGCCAAUAAAUGACAACUUUUUCGAAGUUGACAGGGACGGGCGAAUGCGCUAUUUCAACAACGCAUCGAAAUGUGUUCAAAACGAGAACGCAAUGGCUGAUAUCGAUUUGGAUGUCAAUAAUCAAAAUUUCGAGGGUAAUGUGGUAAAUGAUAGACCCUCGUAUUUUGAGAAUGGAUCAAAUAUGCGAAGAUUGAACUUCAGUCCUGAACAAGUUCAGUGUAUGUGUGAGGCGCUACAACAGAAAGGCGACAUAGAGAAAUUGGCUGCGUUUUUAUGGAGCUUACCUGAGAAUCAAUUACUGUGUGGACAUGAAACAGUUUUGAGAGCCCGAGCGCUUGUAGCAUAUCACAGCGGCAUUUAUCAAGAGCUGUACGCCAUUUUGGAAACGCACACUUUCCCGCCAAAACAUCACUCGACUCUACAGACUCUAUGGUUCAAGGCUCACUACAAGGAGGCGGAGAAGGUCCGCGGUCGGCCAUUAGGUGCCGUAGACAAAUAUAGAUUAAGAAAAAAAUAUCCACUACCAAAGACAAUUUGGGAUGGCGAAGAGACGGUGUACUGUUUCAAAGAGAAAAGCAGGAACGCCUUGAAAGACUGCUAUUAUAGAAACCGGUACCCGACGCCUGAUGAGAAGCGCGCUCUGGCCCAGAAGACUGGUCUCACCUUAACCCAGGUGUCCAACUGGUUCAAGAAUAGAAGACAAAGGGAUAGGACCCCACAGCAGCCAAAUAGACCUGAAAUCUUGGUACCGGCGCAACACGCUCCACAAGGAGGUUGGGCUCAAUCAUUUCUACCGAACGCGUACUACCAUAAACUACAGGAUGCUACACAUUACUUACAUGGCAACACACCAUAAUGCGCAUUCGGUUUACCCCCAAUUUUAAGGAGACAGAAAUGAAUAAUGCAUUUAUUGAUAUUACCUCAUUUUAAGUGUAUUAAACUAUUUUACCUGAUAUAACUCUCUGCGGUUAGCCAUAGUAUUUGUAUUAAAUUAGUUAAAAGUUAUAUAAUGUCCUUUUCAUACAGAUUAUAUUUUACCAGUAUAAUGAAUUACAUAUCUCAAAUAACACUAGGAUGCCGCAAUCGCUCGUCGUAACGCUUCGCUGCGGUGUAUAUUUGAGCGAAACGAGGUAAACUAAGUCUGUGUACAAAAACAAUACAAAAUUAAUCCAAACAAUAAAAAUAGUCUUUUGGAAUUAGGCGCCAUAUAUCAAUCGGCUCAUUUUUUUAAUAAAUAUAAAUAGCGCGUGCUAAUUUAGAAUAAUUUGUAAAUCAUGUGUGUUUUUAAUUAUAAUAAAUCAAUCAAGUCGAAAUUCAAAAUACUGUCUCGACAAUAACCUUGAAAAUUUCAAAAGCUUUCUAUGAGUUUAAAAAAAAACUGGCCGAGAUUCAAUUUAACACAGAAAUCAAUUGGAGUCAUCCUGUGGGAGCUCCGCUCAGCUUCGCUUCGCUCAAUAAUAUUUUUAAGUACCUAUGUUAUAUUAUCUAUAAGCCGUGAUGAUCGACCUUUAUUUAUUUAAUGAAACACGAUCUAGAAUACAGACUUCCUCGUCUAUAUUGUCUUUAGCUAAAUAUUAAUAGAAAUUUAUUAUGAGUGAGAAUGAUAGUUAAAUUAAAAAAAAGAUAUCAUAGAGUACUUUAUAUUGUUAAACGAGUUUUUAUUAUUAUUUAGCCUCCUCUAAAUAGGUACCAACAUUAUUUCUCGAAUUAUAUUCUAAUAAGGCUGGUAUGUUAGUAUGUUUCUAUCUAAAUAAAAGUAUAAGGAAAUUUUUAUUUUAAAGGCUUAAAUAUUAUGUAUAAAUGCAAAUAACAGGGCAAAACUCUACAUAGCAAAUCUUUUAAAUGACAAUAAGGGAUGACAUGACCCGAACGUUCAGCUAAUGGUAAUUGAUACGCCCUGCGCAUUACAAUUCAGUACCGCUCAGGAUUCUUGGAAAACCCGAAAAUUCUGAGCGGCACUACAAUCGCGCUCGUCAUCUUGAGACAAAUGUUAAGUCCCAUUUCUCUUUUAAAAGUAUCGGGGUUAUUUACCACUCGAAAUAACUCCAUUAUAAAAUAUAAAGCAUUCUUGUAAAGUAACAUAUUAAAUACUUAGCUUUUGAGCUAUUAUAUUACUAACAAUGCUACCAUCAGCACAAAACAUUUACGACUCUAUUUGUCUUUGAAGUAGGUACAAGACGUAACAUUAACAUAAUAUAAUAUUGACGUACUAGCUCCUUAUGAAAAUAGUUUUAUACCUGGAGAUCUAAAUAAAAAUACACAUAAACCAAACAUGUUUUGGCUAUAAAUAAAUAAGUUAGUUUUAAUAUUUUUAGAAAUAAGUUUGUAAAUAGUGUUGUAUGAUAUUUAGAGAAAUUUAAUCUACUCUGGUUUAAAUCCAAUUAGGCACUAUUCAAAUUUUAUUCAAAACAAAAGUAUUACGUUUUUCAAAAGAAUCGUUAAAAUAAGUUUGUGUGGUAAAGGUUACUAUAACAUAAAUGACUUUCUUAAUGAUACCACAAAUUGGGAAUGGAGCGACCGCCCUCAGGCUAUUAAAUAAUAACUUUAAUUGUACAAUGUUACUUUGUAAACAUACUUUUUGAUGAAAAACAAAGCCUGCUGAGUUUGUUGCGCCCGUUCUUCUCAGGUCUGCAUCCAUUUUGCAAUGGGUGAUAGUUUUUUGUCUUUCAAUAAGUGAUGCCACAUCCUAUUUUCAAUAAAAAUAUUUGAAUUUGAAUUGAAAUCAAUGCAAUUUUUUUAUAAAAUAUACGUAAUGUAAUGAAUUAUUGGUUGAUGAAUUACAAUGAUCAAUUAUUUUCAUCACACAUUUUUAUGAACAAACUCUGU